AUGAUAGACACUCUAGAGAUCGCUGUCCAGCCAGAGAAGCAACUUGUGGGAAAUGAAGCGGUUGCAGAUUUUGGAGCCCUCAAACUUGACAUUGCAAACUCAGUAAUUACUCCUAGGAAUGGGCAAGAGCCACUGGCAGUGGAGACUGACGCAUCUGACAUAGCCGUGGCAGCAACUUUGAGUCAAGAUAAUCGGCCAAUUGCUUUUUUCUCACGGACUCUAAACAAAUCUGAGAAGCUGUAUUCAGCUGUUGAAAAAGAAGCCGUUGCCAUUGUCGAAGCCCUUCGAAAAUGGAAAUCAUUUCUUAUCGGAAGAGACUUCAGAUUAUACACAGAUCAGCAAGCUUUAUCAUUUAUCUUUGACAAGAGGCAUACAAGCAAAAUCAAGAACGAUAAAGUUAUGAGAUGGCGACUAGAGCUAACACCUUAUCAAUAUGAAAUAGUGUACCGACCUGGUAGGGAGAAUGUAAAAGCAGAUACGCUCUCUCGGGCAUGUGUGGUUCGCUGGGACAAUGCUAAGUUGUUUGAAUUACACAAAUCUCUCUGCCAUCCGGGAGUCACUCGAAUGAUUCAUUGGAUUAAAACUAAAAAUCUAAACUACACUCUGGAUGAUGUAAAAAGGAUGACGUCAGCUUGUCAAACAUGUGCAGAAGUGAAGCCAAGAUUUCACCAAUUCCAAGGCAAAUUGAUAAAGGCAACCACUCCCUUCGAACGUCUAAAUAUUGACUUUAAGGGCCCUCUUCCAUCAACAACCAGAAACCGUUACCUUUUAACCAUGGUGGACGAGUAUUCUCGUUUUGUAUUUGCUUACCCCUGUAAGGACAUUAGUUCAGCAACAGUUAUCAGAUGUUUUUCAGAUCUAUUUUUUAUGUUUGGAGCCCCGUCCUUUGUACAUUCAGAUAGAGGUUCAUCUUUCAUGUCGCAAGAGCUGACGGACUUUCUUCACAAGUACGGAGUAGCUACAAGUCAUACGACACCUUAUAACCCUAGAGGGAACUCUCAGAUUGAACGCUUCAAUGGAACAAUAUGGCGAACCAUCCUACUAGCUUUGAAAAACCACAACCUGCCAGUUCCUGCAUGGGAAGAAGUAUUACAGGAGGCACUUCACUCUGUCAGAUCUCUUUUAUGCACUGCGACAAACUGCACACCGCACGAAAGAUUCUUUAUACAUAGCAGAAGAUCUACCAAUGGAGACUCCUUACCAUCUUGGCUAUCCGCUCCUGGUUCUGUCCUGAUUAGAAAGUUUGUAAGAUCUAAUAAAUAUUAUGACCUUGUGGAACCAGUUCAACUUUUGGAAUCAAAUCCACAGUACGCUCUCGUCAGAAGAAGAGAUGAGUCAGAAUCACAAGUAUCCCUGAGACAUCUUGCACCCGCUGGCCUACCUCCUGGUGAUCUACCUCAUGAAGACAACACUACUGAGAGAGAGAUUGUUGAAAAUAUAAAUUCAGACAUUGACCACAAUGAAGUUCAAAAUGAAACUCAACAAACGGUAUCUCAGACCCCAACUUCAGAGACGGCUGUGGGGAAACUACGUCCAAAGAGGAAUGUCAAGCCUCCGUCAUAUCUAAAGGAUUACAUAUGCUAUACCUACCUUGAAAACUAG